AUGAACUACCUACUCUUCAUAGGUGUGGAGCGCGAUGUCUCGAUAGUGACCCCCUCAAUAGCAGAUGCCAUCAGAUUCAGCCAAUUUAAAAUGCCAUUUUUCAACCAAGCUAUGGUUAAUCGGGUUUUGAGGCGACGGCGACAACCGAGUUCAGCCCCGAAUCCUACUCCUGAGCUCCAGCAGCGAAAGUCCUUCCCCAAUGGAAUCAAAACCCUCUGUAGCCCGGAUGAUGGGACAAUUGACAUCGUCUUCAUUCAUGGGUUAACUGGUGACCGUGAAGCUACAUGGACUGCCGAAGGUGCAACUGAACCCUGGCCCAAAAGUCUCUUGCCAUCCAUACUCCCAACAGCUCGUAUUCUCACAUUCGGCUACGAUGCAUUUGUGGUCGAUUGGCGACGCCCAGUUUCAGAGAACUUCAUCGGCAAUCAUGCCUGGAAUCUGCUGACAUCUCUUUCAUCGUACCGAGAUAACGACGACACGGCCUUGUUUCAGUCGAGGCAACGAUCGGAGAAACAUCUUCAAAGUAUCCUCGAUUGUACCCGCGGUAUUAUCUUUCUUGGGACGCCGCACCACGGAGCUGGACUUGCGAACUUGGCUGAAGUUGUCUCUCGAUCCAUCGGUCUUCUUAAGCAGACGAAUCCAAAAAUCGUGGAUGUUCUCAAGCGCGAUUCCGAGGUACUUGCGCGGAUCCAGGAGGGCUUUCACACGAUGAUCAAGGCACACAGCACAGCAGAAACACCGCCAAUUGAGGUCACUUGCUUCUACGAGGAGCUUCCGGUGCUAGGCGUUGGCUUAGUCGUGCCACAAUACUCGGCCAUCUUGCCCGGUUAUAUCACUAUUGGCAUACAUAGGAACCAUAUGGAUAUGACAAAGUUUGUCAAUUCCGAAGAUCCUGGAUUUGUGGCUGUAUGCGGAGAGCUACGUCGGUGGAUUAGAGACACGGAUCUAAACGAGAGAUCUCACACCAAGAAAUCACCAGCCGUCAAACCUCACGCUGCUUGUCAACAUGGCAAAAAUGGUCGACAAUAUAAUCUUUUCGCUAAUGGCGCCCAAAGGAUUGCAGAUGGACACUACUUUGAGGCUGGAGGAGAUCAGAACUUUGGUAUGAUUCCACCUAAGGGUCAGUAA